CCAGUAGCCCCAGUAGAGGGAUUCUCAUGUUGGUCGUGAGGAUCGUUGUUUGUGUAGUUGUUGUCUUUUCUUUGUAGCUUGCUUGCUUUGCUUUUCGUGAAUGUGUCGUAGUGAAGUGUCAUCAAGUUGGAUUUGUUAGAGGUUAAGUGACAAUAAUAGCAUAGAUUCAAGUGAAAGUUUGUGUUUUAAAUUAACAAGAGACUCAUAAAAUUAACGGUAGUUGAUUGAUUUUGUCAUAUUUUAUUACUUUAAAUAAAAAAAUUGAAGGUGGAAUCGUAUGUGAACUUAGCACACCACAUCGCCAGCAAGUUAAUUUAGGUGGCCUACCUGUUUUAGGAUGUUUUUGGCAGAAAGAAAAUGAUUCAUUUGAGCGCGAAAGUCCUUUAAACCCUUUGGAAAAACAAUGAAGCUCCCAAAGUUGCCCUUGGAUAUCAAGGUACCUUCCAGCGUUCUCUCAAGGCGCCAUGCUGUUUGGCUGGUGGAGCCGCCACAUUGGUUGAUUUUGAGAGGACAGACAGCCACUGUAGAUUCUACUGACCAAUACACCGUUCUCAUCCGGAUACCAGACCCAGUAGUUGGGACGGUGAGUGCCAGGUCUCACAAGCUGUCAGAGUCCGACUGUGUGUUGAUAGACAGUCUAGAGGCUCGGGUGUGUCACUGCCACGGUCGUUUCCUCACCAUGCACAAGCGGCGACGGAAGCGGCUCACCACUCGGUCACUCAGCCAAGACACCCCUGCGUUGCUGGACGACAUUCACCACGGGGUCGUGCAGUGUAUGCUGGAUCGGGUGUGGCAGUGGCCGUUUAAUGCAUUUGCCCUGGACAAUGCCACCGGAGGUAGAUCACUGCCAGUUUUGUGUGUUCAUUUGUUCCACUGGUACGGCCUGAUGGAUCACUUCAGAUUAGACGCUGUUAGAGUCUGGAAGUUAUUUAGUUUAGUAGAAGAAGGUUAUCACAGUACAAACCCAUAUCACAACUCGAUACACGCAACGGACGUAACACAAGCAAUGCACUGUUUUCUUCAGGAGGAAAAGAUUCGGAAACAUCUGACCCCCUUGGAGAUCAUGUCUUCCCUGAUAGCCGCAGUCACUCAUGAUCUGGACCACCCUGGGGUCAAUCAGCCGUUCCUCAUAGCAACCUCCAACCAUCUGGCCGCUCUGUACGAGAACACAUCAGUGUUAGAGAACCAUCACUGGAGAUCAGCCAUCGGAUGUCUGUUGGAGAGUCACCUGGUGGAGGACUUGGCAGAUGUCAAGGUGGAACUGGAGCAGCAGAUCAGCUCUCUGAUUCUGGCCACAGACAUCACCAGACAACAGGAGUUCCUCACCAAGUUCAGGCGCUACUUGGACCAAAACCUGCUAGACAUGAGUCAGAAGGAGUUUAGACACUUCAUACUCCAGAUUGCCCUGAAGUGUGCGGACAUCUCCAACCCUUGUCGUCCGUGGGACGUGAGCCGGAAGUGGUCACAGAAGGUGUGUGAGGAGUUUUAUCGUCAGGGCGACUACGAGCGACAACUCAACCUGCCGGUCACCUCUCUGUGCGACAGGCUAACCACCUCCGUGCCCAAGAUACAAGCCGGAUUUUUUCGAUUUGUUGUGGCGCCACUGUUAGAGGAAUGGCACAGAUUCCUUGGGACUCCACUUUCUCAAAACAUGAUGAAACAUCUUAGGGAUAACCAGGCCAAGUGGGAGAGUCUUCUACAGCAAGAGUUGGCUGAGGAAACUCGUACAGAAAUAUCAGAAGCUGAGGAGAUUCCUGAUGAUGAUGAGGUUGUGGUGGAGGAGGAGACGGUGAGAGAAAUGAGACGACCUUCAGUCAGCAUCACACCUGUGGACGUCGGCGACAGGGUCGGAAGGAGACACUCUGUGCCGAUCAGUCUAACCAGGCCGCCGGGACUGCCGAUCACUGUGAUUCGUCGGGAAAGUCUCCCGGUGGUGGACAACAGACGACGCUUCACCUUGGGACCUGUGCUACAGUUGGAGGAGGAAGACGAAGAGCUGCAGUUGUCGUUGGUGUCGUCUACCAGCAGCACGGGGCUGCUACGUAGCUCUGAGGGUAACAGUGGCGAAGAACGUCCUGUGAGUGCGGAGAACUUACUGCCCGACCUUAGCAUCACCAGUAUUACCACCAGUAUGGAAGCGUCUCGGCUGUCUAGUGUACUGCACGGUACUACAUUAGCACCACCGUCUCGGCUCACGCGACAACAAACCUUCCCCCCACUGCAGCCGUACGUCCGCAUGCGCUACAUGUCGACCACGGGCGAGCUCAAUGCGGAGACAUCCUCGUCCUCGUCGUCGACCAGUGACCGGUCCAGGACAGGUGGUGACUUGAAACGCGACUCUAGUGACGACUCUAGUGGUGAGAAGGUGGUGAAAAUGGCAAAACUGGUGAGGGAAAAGGAAAAUGUGGACCCACACGAGCUGGAUACGGAGAUUGGGUCUUUGAAGUCGAGGAGGAAUAUUCCUCAGGGCUUGGCGCGUCGGCGCGGGUCGGCCCCUGUAGGUCUGCUGCGGCUGGAGGAGGUUCAGUCUCGCGCCAUCAGUGACCGUCGCGGCUCCAUGCCAACUACUGGUGCCAGCCUACUGCCUCACCCAGGUGUUUUGAAACCCCAGAAUGCAGCGUGGCUCAGCAUGCCUCGACGAGCGUCACUUCCCCUCCCCUCAGAGGAAGAGGUGGAAUGGAGGAUGAAGUUGGACGAGCGCAGAGGUUCUCUGAAUGGGAAGAGUCGCAGUGGAAGGUCGAAGAAGCUGCGUCGUCGUAGCUCUGGAGGUCCGGAGACGUUUAUCCGACGUCUCGACCCUGCUUUGACCCGACGCCGGGGUUCACUGCCGAUCGAGGUGCUGUCAUACUCUGGAGUGUUCAGUGCUGCGUUUCCCGGCGUCUCCUAGAAGAGGUUUUGCAACUACGGGACCUCAGGUAUACUUUUGGACGUGAAUUUUAGUGAUAUAAAAUGACAUUUUGUAUUAUUUUUAAGUGACUAUAUGUCUUCUUGCCAAUUGUCUCUUCGAUCUACUUAAGUGUGUUUUAUAUGUGCUGUCACCUUUUAUAACGUUUCCGAAGCUGUUACAUUGUACGAGAAUGUCUGGAAGGUAACGUGGGAGCCAAAUUCUAAAUAUUUACGUGGCUCCUUAAAAGUCGGAAAUACUAGAUUGUACGCUAGACUGGCAAAACAAAUCUGUGUGUGGGGUUUUCACAGAUAUUUUCUUGUAAUUUUGUCUGGUACACCCUGUGGUUAGUAUAGAUUUUGUAUCGUUAAACUCAAGACAUUUUAAAAGCAAUAAUGUUUUAUGGCGGGGAAAUGCUACAAAGGCAAUAACAAUAUUAACACUUUUAAACUAAAUAAACUUUUGUGGACAAAAUGUUACAAAAGGUAUAUUGGGCUAUUCAUAAACCGAUGCUACAUGUAAAGUCUAAUAUGGUUAAUAAUAAUUUCUGCUUACUUUUACCACAAUCCAACAUUUAUAAAAAAUAUAAUUUUAAAACCCAUGAAGAGUACAUUAUCUUUAAAUCCAUAUAUAUACAUACGUUAAUUUUACACUCAGUACAUACCUUAACUGUCAACUUACAUUUUAUUAUAUUUUUAUGAUCAUGACUAGCCCUAUAUGAAUUAUGUGUCACUGUUAUAAUACAUCCAUCCCCUGCAUGGGUAAUUUUUUUAUGUUUCCAAAUAUUUUAAUAUUUAUUAUCAUCAUUAUAAUGGUGUUAUUGAAUACUUUAACAUUUUGUAUAGUGUUAUUUCACUUCUAAAAACUCAUUUCAUUUUUUGAAUUAUCAGUAUUUUCUAAAAUAAUUUGUUUUGCUGGUCAUACCAUAGGUUUUGAUAAUGUACAAAUUUCUUUAUGUAUUUUUAUCUCAUUAGUUAAGAGCGUUUUUGUUAUUAAAAUUGUAAUGCUUUAACCUCAAAAACCAAUUGUAAAUAGGUAUGGUAUACUUUUUAUUUUACAUAUUUUUCACUUUUGAUUUUUAGAUAUUUUAGAUAAGUGAGUUGUCUAUGCUUUAUUUUAUUCUGUGUUGACUAUUUUGUAUAUUGAAGUUAUGGUAUUGUUAUUUCAUUUUGAACAAAUAAAAUUAAAAGUAAUUUAUAAGCAAGUAACAAAUUAAUAGGGGUGUGUGAACAGCGAUUUUUGUAUUUGAUCUAAGAUGUCAUAAAAUGACAAUAGAUUCAUUACUAAACUAUGAGAAGUACUGCUUGAGGUUCUUUAUGGUUCAAUAUUAUGGAAUUAAAAUAUUAGCAUUAAAAUACUAGUUUUCUUCAUGGCAUUAACAUAUUAGUGCAAAUAUUAUGUUCGUUAGUAAGCCUACUCAGAUAUUUUGGCUCAAACAUUGGACACUUUUUCCAAAUAAGUCUCAAACAAAACAGAUGUCUCAAAAUAUCUCAGUUCAAAGCUUCCACACACUCCUAAAGAUCAAGAAUUUAUAUGUGUAUCUAGUCAGUUCUUUAUAAUCAGUGGUUUAUAAUCAUUUACUCAAACUAUUGUAUUGAAAUAACAAGAAUUGAUUCUUUCUACCUGAAAGGUACCCAAUUUGAAUUUGGUAAAUUCAUUGUAUCUUUCCAAAGGUUUAAAAACAAUGGUUCUGUGGCAAAGUUAUAGAACAUUGGAUUACAGGAUAGCACUAAAAUCUAUUGUUUCUGUUUCCUAAUAUUUAGUUUUGGUUCUAAACCAUUUUUGGAUCUGAUGUAUUAUUUUGUUUGAAACGCAAACUUGUAACGAACAUCUCUAAGAAAAAAUACUGCUAAGGGUUAUUUUAAAUUGAUAAGGAUUUACUGGAAGUUAUGUAAACAAAACUCGAAACUGUAAAUCAGCCUAUAUCAAAUGCUACCAGAUCAUUAGUUUGUGUUCAGUUACAAAAGGGAACAAAUAAUGAAAGGAAAAUUUAAUUUAUUUAUCUUGAAAUGUUUAGUCUAAGAAUUUUAUUCAAUUAGAUUAAUUGCCACAUACUGAUAAUCUGAAAACAGUAAUUUGUAUCUCUAGGCCUGAGUAAUAUAGUUUGAACUUGAUUUUGACAAAAAAAUAUUACUUGAUCUUGGCCUAUUGUAAAAUAUUUAAGAUUCAGAGUUUAACUGUCAAAAUAUAAUACUUAUCGUAAAAUAAAAACUGUUAAUUUUCAAGUUUACCUUUUCAGUAUAAACUUUUAUACUUAUAGAUUUUGUUCAACAUGCAAACUAAAUUUGUUGUUUUCAAAUGUUUCUUGAUCAUUUAAUCACACAGGGUCUCCAUUGGUGUUCUUUUAGUUUGUUUUACUGUAGUUAUCUAAUAUACUGUAGAUCUUGUAAUGUAAUGUAGGUAGUUAUCACCAUGUAUUCAGUAUUGAACAAUAUUGUGGUUCUUGAACAUAGGUACUCUAAAAGUAUUUGUGCUACAUACACAGGUUAACAGAUCAUGAAGAUCGUAUUGUGUGGGUGAAUGCUACAUCACCACAGCUGUUAUAGUUUCAAAAAUUAAGAGAUGAAAAAUCAAAGGUGUAAAUUGGUUGUGUGGGUUUGUCUAUGAACUCAAUUCAUUGUACACAAGCAAAUAAAAAAAAAAUUGUAUCAUCGCUAAAAGUAGUUGGAUAAUGUAAUUUUUCAACCUUUUUUAAAUUUUAACCUUCUUUAACAGUUUUAAUUGUUGUUGGUAAAUUAUUUUGCGUCUUACAUUUUUUUUUCUUUUUCCCCAAAAAUUUAAAAUAUUUAGGAGAAUCUUGGGUGUCUUUUGAUAGUUUAUGAGGUCUAUAAAAUGUAAAUAUUUUUCAAUACAUUUUACAAUCAGUAUUACUCAGCAGAGUGGUUUCAGUACACAUUCAAAUUUGAAUAUUCUCGUUUUAAUUUUGUGGAAUAGGCUGACCGUUUCAUUUUUUACUUGGCUGUUUAUUAUGGAUGCUUUCCAAAGUGUGAAUGUCAGGUAAUAAUAAUACCUGGUUUUAGUAGUCUCUUGCGAAACGUUUAACUGUGCAAUAUAUAUCGCUUUGAAAGAUUGUAUGCGUAUCUGGCCAGUGUCUCGGACCUCUAUGCAAGAAUGACAGUUUCACACCACCAUUCCACAAGAUUUGAGGGUAUGUACUGUUUCUGCUUUCUCACCAAACGACUGGCUUGAACACCAACGAGAAAAAAGACGCAAAAUAAAAAGUAAUCAAAGUUUGACUUGAGCAUGUUAGCUGAGUCGAGUUCUCAGACAAACCCUCAGUUGAGAGUGACAAUGUGACGGCGGCUCCCACAUAUCUUCACUCCAAUCUGCCUUCUAUCCCGACCAAACACAUCAAGAUGUUGUAUUUUUUAUAAAUUUAUGUUGACUGCAUGGAUUUUUUAACGAUAACUUCUUUCUUGUCUUCAGAAACUGAUGUGAAAACGAAUUUGUAUUAUGUCUUACCUUUCAAACUUCUCAGUGAGAUUCGUAUGUAUUUUUUCCAUGAAAAAUAAAAUUAGUAUAUAUUGCUAAAAAGUUUAGUUUGCCAACUCAACCCAUUUGACUGCUUAUCUAAUUAGAUCUCUUGUAUGGAUUUAGUAAUCUGACAGCUCAUUUUGCUUCGAAUAAUUUGAAUUUUAGAGCUUCCAAACAGAUGAUAUGUCUUACCACACACAACUGAGCUUGAAAUCUACCUUUUGUUAACUAACAGUCAUUAUAUUGAGAGUAAUCUACUAAAUAUUUGUGAUUGUUUCCCAUAUCGUGCAACAGCUGUUUCUCCUCAGUUUCUGAAGGUGAGAUGUAAGUUUCCUCGGUCGCAACACUCAUCGUGAUAACCAGAGUGUAAGUGAUAUAUUGCAGUCUGCAGUCUCGUGUCCAAUGUAUACGCUUACAAUGUUCCCCUUGGAUGUACGUCUUACGUCUGCAUGUUUAGACACGAUGUAGCUCAAUCAUUUCACUAUUGUUUCGUUGAAUAUUUACGUGAGUAUCAAGCAACAUUAUAAGACUGAUAGGUUGUUUUAAGAAAUAUUUUCGGUAGUCUAUGUUAUAAUGGAAAUAAUAAACGCAAUAAUAUUCUACAGUUUGGUUAUGAAAUUGAUUUCUACCGAAAAAAAAAAUAUAGGAACUAAUAAUUGCUAUUGUUAACGAUAUACAUGUUUCUGGUGUACUGUUAGAUUAUGUUGCCAUUUUUGUUAUUUUUAUAUUUAUCUGACCUUAAUAAAAGGAAAUAAAACAUAUUAUUUAUUUACUGUA